AUGUCUGAACACGGCGAAGUCGAGGUCGAAAACCCCGCUGCGGCCUUCCAGGUCCUGCCCAAGGAGGCUAUCGCGGAGAUGGGAUCCGUGAAGCUGUUCAACAAGUGGAGCUACGAGGAUGUUGAGAUCAGGGACAUCUCCUUGACCGACUACGUCCAGAUCCGCUCCCCUGUCUACCUUCCUCACUCCGCUGGCCGUUAUGCCGCCAAGCGUUUCCGCAAGGCUCAGUGCCCCAUCAUCGAGCGCCUGACCAACUCCCUCAUGAUGAACGGCCGCAACAACGGAAAGAAGCUCAUGGCUGUCCGCAUCGUUGCCCACGCCUUCGAGAUCAUCCACAUCAUGACCGACCAGAACCCUCUCCAGGUCGCCGUUGACGCCAUUGUCAACUGCGGUCCUCGCGAAGACAGCACCCGUAUCGGUUCCGCUGGUACCGUCCGUCGUCAGGCCGUCGAUGUGUCUCCUCUCCGCCGUGUCAACCAGGCUAUUGCCCUCCUGACCAUCGGUGCUCGCGAGGCCUCUUUCCGUAACAUCAAGAGCAUUGCUGAGUGCCUGGCUGAAGAGCUCAUCAACGCCGCCAAGGGUUCCUCCAACUCCUAUGCCAUCAAGAAGAAGGACGAGCUCGAGCGUGUUGCCAAGUCCAACCGGUAA